AUGGAAUUAUCGACGUGCGUACCGUCCUCAGGAAGUACAUACGCGUACGCCUACUACACGAUCGGCAAGCUGCCUGCUGUCAUCGCUGCGUGGCUGCUGACUCUCGAGUAUGCCGUGUCAGGUGCAGGCGUGGCGCGUAGUUGGGGAGAUAAGGUUGAGGAAUGGCUGAUGGUCGAGUACCCUGACAAGAGCUUUCGUUGGCUGAACCUGCCAUUUGCUAAUCUUAGUGGUGGACUUAUCCAAUUCCUAAGCAUGGUAGUGCUGCUGAUGGGCGUGCGAUCUGGCAAGGUCUUCGUACACACCGUCACUGAAAUCAAGAUGAGUGUCGUGGUGUUUAUUAUCAUUGCUGGGUUUGCUGCCAUGAAUCCUGACAAUCUGUCACCCUUCAUUCCCAAAAGUACCGAGCUAAAUGGUAUGAUGGCCUUUGGGACGCAAGGCAUUAUCACCGGCGCUUCACACGCGUUGUUUGGAUACGCCGGUUUCGAUGAGGUUUGCUGCCUCGCCGGCGAGACCAAGAACCCUAAGAAGAACAUGCCAAUUGCUAUCAUGGCUGUCGUACUAUGCACAACGGUGCUGAGCGCAUUGUGCUCUCUUGUGCUGGCCGGUAUGGUCGCUUUCCUUGAGGCAGCCAGCUCCGGUGACGGAUUUGAAGGCCAUGGCUGGAAAUGGGCCGGCACUGUAGUGCGUCUUGGUGAGGUGGUCACCAUGCCUGUAGUGGCACCCAUUGGCUUCCUGGCUCAGUCUUGCUUGAAUUACGCACUUGCUUGCCGGGCUUCUGCCGCGCAUCUUAGCUGA